AUGGGCGGCCUCUGUUGCUGCUGCAUGCCUUCGCUGUCGGAAGUGGACGAGCGGUCGGUGCUUGCAUCUCGGGCAGAAGCCAUAGCCGCUGAGCCGGUGUACCGACCCAUCGCGUCCAACAUACCCGCCUUUAGUCAACCACCGCUGGUUCCAAAAGCGCAGGCGCCGCCACCGCAACCCCUGGUUACACCACAACGACCCGAAACAACCAGGGCCCCGCUCAUGACUUUCAGGGAGCAAGUGCCGGUAUCCCACUCUGAAGACUUCGUAAAGCAGCGCUCUUCGUCUGACGCCGAAGUUAACAGGAUAGAGGGGCCUUUGCUGAAAGAAGACUACCUGGCUGCUGUGGAAGGCAUCCAGAAGUAUUUGGUUAGGCGUUCAGAGCCGAACAAGUUGCUUUUUAUUGGAGAGCUUGUGCGUGGCCGCACCUUCUACCCAAAGCAGGACCACUUGGUGUGCUAUUUUCCUGGGACACUGAUGCUGGGCCAUGUUGUUGGAGGAAUGCCACAAGCUCACAUGGAACUUGCUUUAGAACUCAUGGACACUUGUAUACGCAUGUAUUCAAUCAACCCAACGUUCUUGUCACCUGAGAUUGCCCACUUCAACCUGAAACCACAGGGGACCCGUGAUAUCUUGAUAAAGGGCAAUGAUGCACACAACCUUCUUCGACCAGAGACAUUGGAAAGCCUCUGGUACAUGUACUACUUCACACGCAAUGAGACUUACCGGGAUUUGGCUUGGCGUAUAUUCCAGGGGUUUGAGAAGCACUGCAAGGUGCCUGGUGGUGGGUACACAACUAUUGGGAGUGUACUGAACACGAAGCAAACUGGCCCACGAGAUAUGAUGGAGAGUUUCUUCCUGGCUGAAACACUCAAAUAUCUCUACCUGCUCUUCAGUGAGGAGGAUGUACUGGAGCGGUAUUCUCCGACCAGAUACCUAUUCAAUACCGAAGCCCAUCUGCUGCCCUUGUACACGUCCUGACACCACAUUUCCACUAUAAUUAGCAUUCACCAUAUUGGGGAUCGUUAAUUUUAAGGAGUCCUCCAU